AGCCCUUUGAGACAUUACCCGCUUGACUUCGUGCUCAACUCGAGAAAUCACCCCGCGUGCGAGCCUACAUACCCUACAUACACGGACAUAAUGCAGCAACGCGCCGGCUCGAUGGAGGCGGCGAAGGACCAGGAGGAGCAGCCGCGCAGCUGGGCGCAGGUGGUUGGCCGUGGCGUGCCCGCUGAGCGCGCCGCCGACGACGAAGCCGCGUCCACCCAGGCAGGCAGCAGCGAGUGCGGCGACGAGGUCCGCGGGGACAGCCCCGCCGACUUGUCGCCGAUGCUCAGCGAGGCCACCGACUCCGACUCCGACGCCUGGGCGGCGCCCUCCCCAGAGGCCGUCCAGGCGCCGCGGGCGGCGCCGCCGCGGACGGGGCUGCGGCUGCGGAGCCAGGCCGCGCUCUUCGUGCCCACGGCGGCGGGCGGCGGCGGCCAGGCGGCCGUCAGGCCGCCGCCGGGGCUGGAGGACCAGGGCCCCCAGGCCGGCGCCGCUGCCGACGACGACCUCUUCGGCCGCCGCGGGGGGUGGCCGGCGGCGGCGGAGGCAGCGCCCAGCGGGCCGCGGAGCCUUCCCACCAGGCAACUUCUUCGGCGCCCCGGCGCGGGGGCCGCCGCCGGGCCUCAGGACGCCGCUCCGCAUGCAGGCACGCGGCCUGCGCGCGGACGACGGCCUGUGGCGCGCCCUGCGCGUGAGGCAGGGCACCGCGCCGGCCCGCCGCGGCAGCGGCGCUUGGGCCGCGGGCGCGCGGCGGCUCUGGCCUUGGGCCCUCAUCGACUAGGCGUUCGAGCUGCCCCCGACCGCCUCCUCGCCCCGUCCCAGAUCUCUGGGGGCCCCAAGCGUCGAAGGGCAACAGGCGGCAUAAGAGGCCGCCUGUUCCCCCAGUGGCUCCCUCCCCCCCUGUCCGCGCCUCAGUGCUGCCGCGCCGCGGGCCCGCCUCCGCGAGAUGAGCGCGCACACUUCCGGCGUAUCAGCGCGCCUCGUGCGCGGGAGGCCCCCCAUGAGGCCUCCGGCGCGAGGGGGUCGGCGCCGCCCGCAGGGAUGAGAAGGAGGAAGGGCAGCAGGAGUAGGAGCCCCCUGCCCGGGCCUGUACGUUUGCAUGCUUUGCUGCCGCGCCCCCGCUGAUGGCCAGCGCCAUGAGGGGCCCGCGGCUGGCCGCCACCGCGGCACCUGCGAAAGGCAGCACGAAAAGCGGGCACGACUCGCGACCUAUCGUCAUCGAUCACGGAGUGUCGUUUUGGUCAUCUGCCCCAGGC